AUGUCAGAUCUCGCAGAUGAGCCUGACCGUGCAGGCAAUGGCAUGAACAAGUCCUUCGACGGCCGAAGUUCGCUGCCAAACAACAGUCUGAACGAGGCGACCUCUCCAACUGCGCCCCGCAAGUUGAACCAGACCUCUCCAUCCACAGACCAGCCAAAGAAGAAGCGCAAGGUGAACCAUGGUGCGUACAUGUUCCAACGAGUCUUGAGCAUGACCCGCGCUGACAUCUUUCUUCAGCGUGCGUUUAUUGUCGACGUUCGAGAAGGACAUGGCUAUCACAAAAAGUCCAAGACCGAUUCAGACACUGGUGGCCCGGACGAGCAGUCUCCCCCUCGGGAUGAUUUUUCCACGGCUCCCAGCUUGCCAGGUCCCGCUUUGAUGGACGACUCAACUCCUAACCUACUGCAAGACGACAAUAUUGGACUGAGACCCUCCACAAAUGACAACAUGGCCGUCUCCAAUUCGAGUACGGCUGCACCAAGUGCUGGCAUCAAUGGGAGUGCUCACCCUCACUUCGGUUAUAAUGAUCCAUGGGCCGGAGUCCAAAAUCGCUUUCAUGACAUGCAGGCCUUCCAUCCGAACUACAUGUUCAACGCCAACGAAGUCACCGAUGAAUUCAACUUGUUGAACGACUUCCUCAGCAACAGCCUCUUUGAAGAGACAGGAAUGUAUUCCACCGAAGAAUUCCAGGGGCCGUUCAACGACCCCUCGUUCAUGAAUUCGAUGGCGGCUUCCUCCUUCCCGACCGGAGCGGUUGAAACCCUUCUUCCGCCGGAGCACAUCAACCACUCCCAAGCAACAACCCAGAACAACGCAGCUCAGGCGGCCUUGAUAUCGAGACCAUCUAGUGUCAAGCCGGUUUCGGACAAAGCCCGAGAGAAAUACUACAUGAUGGCGGCAGAUCCGACCGGUGCUGAGCCCCCGGAGGAGCGCAUGCAAAAGCUACUCAAAGCCAAAUAUGACGCCGGAAUGUUACGGCCGUUCAAUUACGUAAAUGGAUAUGCCAGGCUCAACAAGUACAUGGAAAAGCACAUGAAGCCACAUUCUCGGCACAAGAUCUUGAUGCAGUUGGACCAGUUCCGGCCGAAAUUUAGAGAGCGAAUGCAGAGCUUGACUGAUAUUGAGCUGGUACUGGUCGAGAUGUGGUUCGAGCGGAGUUUAAUGGAGUAUGAUAGGAUAUUUGCCAGCAUGGCUAUUCCAGCCUGCUGCUGGAGAAGGACGGGUGAAAUCUUCAGAGGGAACAAGGAAAUGGCGGAACUGAUUCAGGUACCCAUUGAAUCGCUUCGUGAUGGAAAGCUUGCCAUACAUGAGAUCAUCGUCGAAGACCAGCUGGUCAGCUACUGGGAGAAGUUCUGUGCUAUUUGCUUCGACCAACAGCAAAAGGCUAUGCUCACCAGCUGCACCCUGCGCAGUCCAGCUGAAGGCGGUGAUGUUGUGGACAUCCACUGCUGUUUCUCCUUUACCAUCCGGAGAGAUAAUUACAAUAUACCCUCGCUGAUUGUGGGGAAUUUCUUGCCCAUGAGUUCUGGAAAACGUUGA